CGCAACUCAGCAUCCUACAGAGACGUCACGUGACUGCUUGAUCUGUACAGUGCAGCAUUAUCAUCACUAAUCCUCAGACAAACUGCGUACAGAAUAGACAAACAUCAACAUGUUGGAUUAUUUGUUACUCGUCAGUUUUUCUUUGCUUCUGGCUGGUGUGUUUGGUGAUGAUGUUACAGUGUCAGUGAUGAAGGGUGAUGACGUUACCCUUAAUCCUAAUGUCAAACAUGAAAUGCUGCGUUGGAAGUUUAAAGACACUGACAUUACAACUAUUGAACAGUUCAGAAACAGACUGAAUGUGAAUAGUCAAACUGGAUCUCUCACCAUUCAGAACAUCAGAACUGAAGACACUGGAGAAUAUCAGCUGGAGAUCAAGACAAGCACAGAUAAAAUAUUUAAGCCAUUCAAAACAUUCAAUGUUACUCUCAAUGACCACGUGUUCACAGUUUCUGUGAUGAUUGGAGAUUCUUUCACUCUACCCACUGGUGUUCAAACACAGCCAGUUGAUGUGAAGUGGACGUUUAAGGGCACUGAAUUAAACGACCCGACGAUCACAAACAUCAGACCCGAACAGUUUGGAGAAUAUAAAGUGGAAAUCAACUGCAAAGAUUUUAUUUUACACAGGACAUUAAGCGUUAAACUCAACGAUAAAGUGAAGUCAGUAUCAGGGGUCGAGGGAGAAACUGUCACUCUGAACACUGAUACACAACCGCAGAAAGAUGAUGUGAUCGAGUGGAAGUUUAAAAACGCUCUCAUAGCUAAAAUGGACAGAAGAAUCCCCUCAGAUUAUUUCAGUAAUGAGAGAUUCAGAGACAGACUGGAUGUGAAUUCACGUGGUUCUCUUAUCAUCAAAAAGCUCACAACUGAAGACUUUGGACUUUAUGAUGUAAACAUCAAAAGCAGCAAACACAUCAUUCACAAGAGAUUCAGAGUUACUGUCAGUGGUGUGUUUUCUGCUUAUGUUACAGUGUCAGUGAUAAAGGGAGAUGAUGUUACCCUUAAUCCUGAUGUCAUAAAUGAAAUGGUGCGUUGGAAGUUUAAAAACACUGACAUUACAACUAACGAUCAAUCCAGAGACAGACUGAUUCUGGAAAAUCAAACUGGAUCUCUCACCAUCCAGAACAUCAGAACUGAAGACACUGGAGAAUAUCAGCUGGAGAUCAAGACAAGCACAGAUAAAAUAUUAAAGCCAUUCAAAACAUUCAAUAUUACUCUCAAUGACCAAGUGUUCACAGUUUCUGUGAUGAUUGGAGAUUCUUUCACUCUACCCACUGGUGUUCAAACACAGACAGUUGAUGUGAAGUGGACGUUUAAUGGCACAGACUUAACCGAUUCGACGAUCACAAACAUCAGACCCGAACAGUUUGGAGAAUAUAAAGGGGAAAUCAACGGCAGAGAUUUUAUUUUACACAGGACAUUAAGCGUAAAACUCAACGAUAAAGUGAAGUCAGUAUCAGUGACGGCGGGAGAAACUGUCACUCUGAACACUGAUACACAACCGCAGAAAGAUGAUGUGAUCGAGUGGAAGUUUAAAAACACUAUCAUAGCUCAAGUGGACGGAAGAAUCCGCUCAGAUUAUUUCCGUAAUAAGACAUUAAGAGACAGACUGAAUGUGGAUUGGCUUGGUUCUCUCAUCAUCAAAAAGCUCACAACUGAAGACUUUGGACUUUAUGAUGUAAACAUCAAAAGCAGCAAACACAUCAUUCACAAGAGAUUCAGUCUUACUGUCAGUGGUUCACAUCGGGAGAAGAUUUGUACAUUAUUAUUUGUACCAGUGAUGAUGUUGGUGAAAGUCCUGGUUUAGCCGCUACAGCAAACGCAAGAUUGACAGCAGCCCUUCAACAGCAAUGGUCCAUAUCACUGAAUGCAGUAGCAAAGUAAUGACUUUAAACACAGCUAUGUAAAAUUCAACAGCUAAAAAUAAAUUGAACUGUGAAACUUAACCAUAACAAGUGCAAGUGCAAACAUGUUUAUCUAUUAUAAUAAAAUGUAUAUAGCAAAGUCACCACACUGUUAAAAAUUUAUUGUAAUUUUACAGGAAAUUCCUGGCAACUAAUUGCAGUAAAUUUACAGCCAAUAAUAUACAGGAUUUGUACUGUUUACUUUGACAAUAAAGGAAUGUAUUUACACAACA